UGGUAGCUUCACUGUGCAGAGAGGCAAGAAGCGACCGACCGGCGGGGGAGGCAGGCAAGGCAAAGGAAAGGAAAGGACAGGGGGAGUUUAGGCUGUGUCCCGUAUUUGGAAUAAGCAAGACUAGACUACAGCGUUCCUGUUUGACGUGAAACAGGCUCCUCUGUAACCUUCAGAAAGGACCCUGCAUUUUUUGACGGCUAACUUACGGGCAGUUGGGACUCUUGAACUAACCGUCGUCUUGAACUGUGAAGAAACUAGAGAGACAUUUGGUUUCUGGACGAAGAAUGGGAUUUAAAGAACAUAUCUGCCAGCACUGAGUUGAGAAAACAAGGGAAUAUUUUCCAGUUGGAUGGGAAAAAAAAAAUAAGCACACUGUCGAACGGGGCCAAAUUCAGUUAAGCUGUGUUAACACUGUGCAUAGUGUAGGUCAACUCCUGGGGAAAAGCGCAGCGAUGGCAUUUGGGAACGAAGAAAAGUAACGUUAACGUUAGCUCGCUGGCUAGCUCAAUAGCUAACCUAGCAGGCUGCUAACUAAGCCUGUGUCGCCCUGCCAUUCCUGGAGCAGAGGAGGGGCGCUGGGGCUUUGUAGCAUUGCAGAUCUGCCUUGCAUUUUUUGGGUUCGCUGCAAGAAUGGAGAAUCCCAAAUAUCUGCCACCACAACUCAGGGGGAUCUGUUGAACCGCAUCGACUCGAUUCUGUUUUCCAUUUCUCACAGAGGGGACCAGAAAACCUGCCAGCUAAACGUUGGGAUUUGAUCUGAAUCAGCCGGCCCGGGGCAGCCAGGCUCUGUAAUUGUGACCACUUCUUUUCGUAUAUGCCCUGCGGGGAUAGGUAUUAUAAAAUGGGGAAGUGCUACACGUCUGGUGCACCUCUUACAUACUGGAUCUCGAGAGGGAGAGCAUGAACAGGCCGGUUUUAACGCGGAAUUAGCCCCCGGCUUGCCCUCAACUCAAAGUUUCUUAUUUUUCGAGACAUAUUCAAGGUGAGAGAACUUCUUUCCAGGCCCCUCUGCGCUAACUAACAGGCCGAGGAGGUGUUUGCUCAUCCCCCCCCUCCUCCUCCAUCAUCAUCAUCAUCAUCAUUAGUUCAAAAAGCGACAAUCCGGAAUAAUCAUGUCGGGAGAGGUGCGUUUGAAGAAGCUGGAGAAGCUGAUCCUGGACGGGCCAGCUCAGUCUAAUGGCCAGUGCCUGAGUGUGGAAACGCUGCUGGAUAUCCUGGUCUGCCUCUACGAUGAGUGCAACAACUCUCCGCUCAGAAGAGAGAAAAAUAUCCUGGAGUUCUUGGACUGGGCUAAACCAUUCACUUCCAAAGUGAAGCAGAUGCGCUUGCACAAGGAAGACUUUGAGAUUCUUAAAGUGAUUGGACGAGGAGCCUUUGGAGAGGUUGCAGUCGUAAAAGUGAGAAACACUGACAAGGUAUUCGCCAUGAAGAUUCUCAACAAGUGGGAGAUGCUUAAGCGAGCUGAGACGGCAUGUUUUCGGGAGGAGCGAGAUGUGUUGGUAAACGGGGACUGCCAGUGGAUCACCACCCUGCACUACGCCUUCCAGGACGACAAUAAUCUGUACCUGGUCAUGGACUACUAUGUGGGUGGUGAUCUGCUGACUCUACUCAGUAAGUUUGAGGACCGGCUGCCGGAGGAGAUGGCCAAGUUCUACCUGGCAGAGAUGGUGCUGGCCAUCGACUCCGUUCACCAGCUACACUACGUCCACAGGGACAUUAAGCCCGACAACAUUCUGUUGGAUAUGAACGGCCACAUCCGCCUGGCCGACUUCGGCUCCUGCCUCAAGCUCAUGGAGGAUGGGACGGUCCAGUCCUCCGUGGCGGUGGGGACUCCAGACUACAUCUCCCCAGAAAUCCUCCAGGCUAUGGAGGAUGGGAAAGGCAAGUAUGGACCUGAGUGCGACUGGUGGUCCCUGGGCGUCUGCAUGUAUGAAAUGCUGUACGGCGAGACUCCUUUCUAUGCAGAGUCCCUGGUGGAAACCUAUGGGAAAAUCAUGAACCACAAGGAGCGUUUCCAGUUUCCGCAGCAGAUAACGGACGUGUCUGAGGACGCAAAGGAUCUGAUUCGUAGGCUUAUUUGCAGUCGAGAGCACCGAUUGGGCCAAAACGGCAUUGAGGACUUCAAGCACCACCCCUUCUUCACUGGUACAGGCGAAGUCAAAGGCAUUGAUUGGGAAAACAUUCUGACGUGUGAGGCCCCCUACAUCCCAGAGGUCAGCAGUCCUACAGAUACCUCCAACUUUGAUGUGGACGAUGAUUGCCUAAAGAACUCGGAGACUAUGCCCCCUCCCUCUCACACUGCCUUCUCUGGCCACCACCUGCCCUUUGUGGGUUUCACAUACACAAGUAAAUGUACCCUAUCUGACCGGGGUUGCCUGAGACAGCUGGCAGCGGAGCCAGGUAAGGCAGGUCAGAGCCAAUUGGACCUGGAUGUCCAGCGCAGCUUGGAGGACAGCCUGGCCACGGAGGCCUACGAAAGGAGGAUCCGCCGCCUGGAGCAGGAAAAACUAGAGCUGAGCCGCAAAUUGCAAGAGUCCACUCAGACGGUACAGGCCCUGCAGCACCCGUCAGGCGAGGGCCCUCUCAGCGCUAACAGGGAGGUGGAGAUCAGGAGUCUGAAGAAUGAGAUAGACAUCCUCAAGAAGCAGAUUGCUGACUCAGGCCAACUUGAGAAGAAGCUGGAGGAUGUAUCGAUGGCCCGCAGGGACCUGGAGGACUCGUCUAAACAACUCAAGACUUUGGAGAAACAGCUGAAGACCAUCACACAGGAGAGGGACGACAUACACAAGGAUGUUAUGGAGGCCAGCGAGAAGCUGAAAUCUCAAUCAAAAGAGCUGAAGGACGCCCACAGCCAGAGGAAACUGGCCAUGCAGGAAUUUUCUGAGCUGAACGAAAGACUCACAGACCUCAGGUCGACGAAGCAGCGUUUGGCUCGCCAGUUGCGCGACAAAGAGGAGGAGAUGGAGAGCCAGAGUCAGAAGCUUGAGGCUCUUCGCCUUGAGGUGCGAAAGGCAGAGAGGGCCAAGAAGGAGAUGGAGGCGCAGGCAGAGGAGCAGGCAGCAGAGGCCCAGAAAGAGAGGAAGCUGAGAGAGCGUAAUGAGCAGUAUAGCAGACAGCUGGAGGAGGAGUUGGAAGGGCUUAAGUUAAAGCAGGCCGGCUCCCCCGCUGGCCCGGCCUCAGCGGACCAGACCCAAGAGGUGGGACGCCUGCGGGGAGACCUGGAGAAGAAAACGCUCCUGUACGAGGAGGAGCUGGCACGCAGGGAAGCGCAGCAUAGCACCGAGCUGAAGACCCUGCGCAAGGAGCUGCGGGAUGCAGAGAGCCAACAUCUGGCCCUGCAGAAAGAGAUCCUGAUGCUCAAAGACAAGCUGGAGAAGACUCGCCGUGAAAGCCAAAACGAGCGGGAAGAGUUUGAGACUGAGUACAAGGAGAAGUACGAGAGGGAGAGAAUUCUGCUCACUGAAGAAAAUAAGAAGCUCUCCAGUGAACUGGAUAAGCGUCUGGAGCUGCAGUCGGCCCUGGACGCUGAGAUCAGAGCCAAGCAGAGCAUCCAGGACGAACUGAACAAGGUCAAAGCCAACAACAUCUCCACAGAAUGUAAACUGCAGGAUGUGGAAAGUAAAAACCAGGAGCUCCUGGCUGAGAUCGACAGGCUGAAGAAAGAGACGGAGGAGCUGCGGCUACGAAGGGGUGUCAAGCACCAGGAUUCCCAGAAUUCCUUCUUGGCUUUUCUCAACGCCCCCACCUCAGCACUCGACCAGUUUGAUGACUCUUAUUCCUCAUCCUCAUCUUCUUUAAUUGAGUUUUGGGAAGACCGCUCGCCAUCCGUUGGCCCAGCUAGCAAAGGCAGACGUGUGGACUCUAUGGAUAACUUCACCCCCUCCAACACUCCAUCCCGGGAAGAUGACCCCAAGUCCCACCUCAAGUCCCGCUCACGCUCACCCUCCAUGGCUAGUGACAUGGAGCCCAUAGAGUUGAUAGACCAUCCUCCCCGUACAGUCCAGACCCCCACCAUGCGAUCAGGGGGGUACGGCAGCAUUGGACGCUCCUCGCCUAAGCCCAAAGCACAUCAGUUUGUGGUGAAGUCAUUCAACACGCCCACUAAGUGUAACCAGUGCACUUCCCUCAUGGUGGGGCUCAUACGUCAAGGUUGUACCUGUGAAGUGUGUAACUUCUCCUGCCACGUAACAUGUGCGGACAAGGCUCCAGCUGUGUGUCCUGUGCCCCAGGACCAGACCAAGGGCCCGCUGGGUAUCGACCCUCAGAGGGGUAUUGGUACUGCGUAUGAAGGGCACGUUAGGGUGCCCAAACCAACAGGGGUGAAGAAGGGCUGGCAGAGGGCGAUGGCUGUGGUGUGUGACUUCAAACUGUUCCUAUACGAGCUGGGAGAAGGGAAAGCAACGCAACCAAGUGUAAUAGUCAGCCAGGUCAUAGAUAUGAGGGAUGAAGAGUUUUCAGUCAGUUCUGUCCUGGCCUCCGAUGUUAUCCACGCCAGCCGCAAAGACAUCCCCUGUAUAUUCAGAGUGACGGCGUCACAGCUCUCCCCCUCCAGCAGCCACAAACCCUCCAUCCUGAUCCUGGCCGACAGCGAUCAAGAGAGGAACAAGUGGGUGGGCCUCCUCAACGAGCUCCACCGCAUCCUCAAGAAGAACAAGCUCAAGGAACGCUUCGUCUACGUUCCUAAGGAGGCUUAUGACAGCACCCUGCCGCUCAUCAAGACGACACAGUCUGCUGCUAUCAUAGAUCACGAGCGUGUCGCCCUGGGCAACGAGGAAGGCCUGUUUGUCAUUCAUGUCACCAAAGACGAAAUAAUCCGGGUGGGGGACAACAAGAAGGUGCACCACAUUGACCUGAUCCCCCAGGAGCAGCUGCUGGCGGUCAUCUCUGGCAGGAACCGCCACGUCCGUCUAUUCCCCACGCAGGCCCUGGACGGCCGUGAGACCGAGUCCUACAAGCUGGCUGAGACAAAGGGCUGCCAGACCAUCGUCUCCGGCCCCGUCCGCAACGGCUCGCUCACAUGCCUCUGCGUGGCCAUGAAGAGACAGAUCAUAUGCUACGAGGUGAAUAAGAGUAAAACACGCCACCGUCGGCUGCGAGAGCUGCAGGCACCGGGACCCGUUCAGUGGAUGGGUCUGCUUAGCGAGCGUCUCUAUGUAGGAUAUCAGUCUGGCUUCACUCGCUACAGCGUUCAUGGUGACAUGUCCCCUGUCAACCUGCUCCACCAAGAGGACCACACCCUGGCUUUCAUCCCACAGCAGAACCUGGAGGCCCUCUGUGCCGUGGAGAUCUCCAGCAAGGAGCUGCUGCUGUGCUUCAGCGCCAUAGGAGUGUAUGUGGACUCCCAGGGCCGCAGGUCACGUCAGCAGGAGCUGAUGUGGCCAGCUGUUCCCAACGCUGCCUGCUACAACGCCCCCUACCUGUCAGUGUACAGUGAGAAUGCUGUCGAUGUGUUUGAUGUCAACACCAUGGAGUGGAUUCAGACCAUCCCUCUAAAGAAGGUGCGGCCUCUGAAUGUUGACGGCUCUCUGAACCUGCUGGGACUGGAAACAGUCCGGCUUAUUUACUUUAGAAACAAGAUGGCCGAGGGUGAUGAGCUGGUCGUCCCGGAGACGUCAGACAACAGCAGGAAGCAGAUGGUGCGCAGCAUGAACAACAAGAGACGCUUCUCCUUCAGGGUGCCUGAGGAAGAGCGACUUCAGCAGAGGAGAGAGAUGCUGCGAGAUCCAGAGAUGAGGAACAAGCUGAUCUCCAACCCCACCAACUUCAACCACGUGGCCCACAUGGGACCAGGAGAUGGGAUCCAGAUCCUUAAAGACCUGCCCAUGGAGAGCCGUGCAGGCUUCAGCGGUUCAGUCAGCAUCCCUUCCAUCACCAAGAACCGGGCGGAGCCGGGUCGGUCUAUGAGCGCCAGCAGCGGACUGGGCAUACGCUCGUCCUCCCAGAACGGCAGCGCUCUGCGCAGAGAGCUGUCUGGAGGAAGCUACGGGUCCAAGCGGCAGACCAUGACCUCUCCGUCUGAGAGCUCCCUGUCCUCUGGUGGAGGCAUGGACUGUGGGGAUGCUCCUCUCUCGCAGUUUGACAGAGAGUGGCAGGCAGUCUCACCGUCGGAGAAGACCCCCGAUCUGAAAAGGGCUUUAAGGACCCUGCUUAGUAAGAUGAAGGACUCGGACUCCCCCCGUCACUCCACGGCCUCCAACAGCUCCACCUUCAGCAGCCCUCCCAGUCCGGCCUCCCCACACAAAACCAAGUCCCUGUCCCUGGAGAGCACAGACCGGAUGGGCUGGGACACAUGAGCCUCCGCCAGCCUCUCGCUCCCGCCCACCGACCGACCGACCGACCGACCGACCGACAGCACAGGACUCCAAACCCUCCUCCUCCACCGCAGCCUCUCGCAUCCUUUCUGAAUAUCUCCCCCCUCACUGCCCAGAGAACUGCACCUCCUGACGAACAUUUGUCCCCCUUUGCAACCUCAGUUUGUCUCUCAUCGUACUUCCAAGACCGAGGCAAGAAACACUAAGAGUCUGUCGUCUCUUUGAGGGAAAUUGUGAGGGAGACGUUAUCAAAAAUUAGUGGAAGUGUACAUGUGGGUGCUGAUGUUUGAGGGUGCAAGUGUGUGCGUGUGUUUGUGUGUGCGUGUGUGUUUGAGAGAAGCUGUAUGUGCUUGGCCAGCGUGUGUGCAUGUGUUAAUUCAGAAAGGGCAAAUGAUAUAGGAAUGAAAACCUCCCUUCUCGACUCUUGGUUUGCUCUCAACCGAAGCAUCGAGCUUCACCGACGCCACUCUGUCCGCCCCCCCCCCCCCCCCCCGCCACGCGCCCCCCCCCCCCCGAUUCAUUCAGAGACUCAAAAACCUCCCAAAGCAACAAAAAAAGAAGAGGAUUAUUAUUGAGAGAAAAUGAUUUGUACUUGUACAUAGGACCCUUUGGGUUUUAGGGGACAAUAUUUUAAUUUAUUUAUCAAUCUUAGACAAGGAAAGGGAGGUUCGCUUCAUCACCGGAAUCAGACGGGUGGAGUUUAGACCCCUCCUCACCUCCCUCAGUUGCUUUCUCUUUGGGUGCUGCAGAAAUUGAAAAUGUUAAAAAAAAAAAAGAGAGAGAAGGGAAAGCAAUGAUUUUUUUUUCUUUUGCUCAUGAUACUAAGUGCAGUGACUUUAUAAUAUUUCUUCUUUUUGACCAUCAGCAAAAAGCAGCGUUAAUAAUGCCGGCUCCUAUGACAUCAUCACAGCUCCUCUGUGCUACUCUCUUCCUCAUUGGUCCAGUGUGAGCGACAUCAUCCAGCAGCCCCGGACCGCGUCCUCCAUCGUAGUGUAGACGUUCCACUUUGCUGUACAACCAAACUGACCAACUCACAGGUUCCCAUCACAAUAAUGUACAUAGGUUCAAAGUAGAGAGUAAUAUAUGAUAAGGAAAAUACUAUAGAGAACUACACGGGAAAGAAAAAAAUUCUCCUUCACUUUUAUUUUCCUUUGUUUGUUUUUGAGAGUGAUUUGGGGUUGUAUUCACACAAAAAGCCAUUUUAAACCACUUUCCAGUUUUCUUUUUUUACCGAUUGAUUUUAGAUGUUUGUUUUAUAUUGUAUGUAUGACACGCAUUGUUUUUUUUCCUCCUUUUCCCCCGACUGUGUUUGCGUUUGAGUGAAGAAAACUCGUGUAUGGAUCGACACUACUGCCCGUACUGUAGAGUGAACACGUGCAUUUAUCACCCUAACCUCCUAUCGCACAUGUAUCUACACACACUCACUCUGAGGUGGUGUUUUUAUGCAGCCAAUGCCUUGUCCUGCUCCUCCUCUCGCUGUUAGAGGUGAAGCGGCUCUGAUCAUUUAAUCAACGUGUGUGUUUAAAUUCACUGUGGUGUCUGGAUGGAAAGAUCAGUCCUUCCACUGAGCUCGAUUUAACCAAAAAUGGACAAAAAGAGGGAGACGCUGUGAUGUUUUGUCUUUUGGACAGCCUUUGCAUAUUCUGAAGGAGGUUUGGUUGAUCUGCUCGUUUCACAGCGACAUUUGUAAGAGCUCUUGAUUUAAGAAUAAAAACACUAAAAUGAGAAUGUAAACACUUACAAGCUGCGAGAAAGUCAGCACUUGGUUUCCGUUUGUCUUGAUAAGGCGCAGUUAAAAUAACCUCAGUGCUACUUGUCUGUAAAAUGAACAGGGCUGGAUCUCUAACCCCCCUCCUCCGGGCAGUUUCUCUUUGGCAGGGUGGACAGGCCUCUGAAAAGAGCAUUUUACAGUGUGGCAGCUCAUGGCUGCAGAGCACGGCAUUCACAGCCAAAAACCUGUUACCUCUGUUCAUCUCCUCCAGUUUACAGGCAGAUCGAAAGGCAUUUUACUUGAGCGGUUGCUCACGGGGCAGAAUGGGGUAAAAGUGUAAGGGAACAAUGUGCACCGAGCUCAAACUGUCCUGACAUUAAACACUAACUAUAAUGUGGUUUUAUCUGUAAGAAGAACACCCCGUACUCUCGUACUGGCGUUGUCUUUAGUCCUCAUCAGAGGCUUUUUGAGAAACCGGUUCCUCCUCUGUGGGAACAGGCUGAUUGCCUAAUGUACAGUACAGCGUCCGAGUCAGAAUCCUCCAGUUUAUUCCGCCUGUCAGUCUGUUAGAAAGGGAAACAAAAACUUUGGUGGUCAUUCCUGUCGAUUCCCCCGUUGAAACAAAAGUAGCUCUAACAACCCAUUCCAAGUGUUUUUUUUAGUAUUCCAUUUUAUAUGAAGAGAGGGGGAGAGGUUUGGAGCUCCACAGUGCGACUAAGCUGGUUUUUAUUCCAAACAAACACCUCUUAGAAACUUUUUAAGCUAGUGAGUCUCCUUAGUUCCUGCUGGAGUUUAUCUGUAGAAUGUAUUAGGUGGGGGUGAGAGAACUGUCUUAGCCAGGUGUUUUAUUAUUGGCCAAUAUUGUACAGAAAAACUGAUCCUACAUACCCCAGUUAAAGGUUAGGGGAAGAGAAACUCAGGAAAUGUCAGAACCAAUGAAUUAUUUUCAUUUCGAUGAAAAUGAGUGUGUUUGAUGGAUGGAUGGAUGGAUGGCUGGAGUGAGUGAGGGAGAGAUGAAUCUGGCUGUAGUGUACAGUAGAUGUGACCUGGGUGGAGACAGCAGGAAGGAAAGGUGGUGAGGACUAGAAGAUGUUAAAGAAAAAAGAAAAAUGAAAAAAGAUGAAAGGGUGACAGGUGCUUUGAUGGCUGAGGUGCCACAGUGGAAACAUUUAAGAGAAGGAAAAUCAAAAAAAAUUCAAACGCCUUUGCAUUUCAGUGAGGUCUUAUCUACAGUACCUUCUAUAUUAUUUUGCUCUUUCAUAUCAUAUUACACUUUGUUUUUUUUUCUAGGAUUGCUUUGUAAUAAUUUGUACAGUUUUGCAUGUUAUAGAUGUAAUCAUUUUUGUUUUCGGUUUGUUGUUUUACUUGGACUUGCUCCUUUUUGAACGGUUUGGGCGUUUUACUGAGGAUAACCCACUACAGGUGAUGUAGAUUCUUUUUUGCACAAAAAAAAUAUUUAAGGUGUAAGGUCAAAACAAAAAUAAUGUAUGGAACUGGCUGCCACACUUAUGUGGAGAACUCAUAUUAACCUGACUCCGAUGUAUUUCAAUAAAGCGGAGGGCUGUUACAAAUACAA